CGGAGUAGCAGCCAGGCCUCGCCCCACCGGGCGAUCAGGCCUUGGCAAGCUCCUACGCCAGAGGCGUCAUGAAGCGUGCAGGAACUCUGCGCCUGCUUUCGGAUCUGAGCAACUUCACUGGCGCGGCCCGGCUCCGCGAGUUGUUGGCAGGGGACCCAGCUAUCCUAGUCCGCUGCAGCCCUGAUGGCCGUCACCUGCUACUGUUAAGACCUCCCGGAUCGCCCGCCCCCCAACUUCUAGUGGCUGUGCGUGGGCCGGGCCUGCCUCUGGAGCGUGCCUGGUCGGAGGGCGACCCCUCGCCGCUGGACGUCUUUUUCGUUCCAUGGCUGGCGCGACCCGCGCUGAUAUUGGUAUGGGAGAGUGGCCUAACAGAGGUGUGGGGCGUGGGGAUGGAGCCUGGAUGGAAGCUACUUCAGAGCACUGAGUUGUGUCCGGAUGGUGGAGCCCGCGUGAUGGCUGUGGCAGCAACCCGAGGCCGCCUAGUUUGGUGCGAGGAGCGUCAGCCUGGCGUUGAGGACCAACCAGGGCAGCUUUCAAUGGCCUUCAACCACUGUGUGUGCGUCAAGACCCUGGACACCAGCGGGGAGGCUGGCACCAAACUAGGCUGCACCCACAUCCUGCUGCAUCACUGCCCCUCUUUUGGACUGAUAGCCUCCCGCAAGGAACUCUUCCUGGUGCCUACUUCCACCACUUGGCCUGGUGUGGCCCAUGUUCUGCUCAUCUGGAGCCCAAGCAAGGGGAAGGUAAUAGUUGCUGCCCCAUCUCUCGGUCUUUCUCACAGUAAAAGCCUGAAUCCCAAACAAGGGGAUACUUGGGACUUUCGGACCCUGCUGCGAGGCCUUCCUGGAUUCCUGUCCCCCAGGGAGCCGCUGGCUGUACACACUUGGGCCCCAUCUUCCCAGGGCUUGUUGUUGCUUGACUUGAAAGGUAAGGUGAGCCUAGUGCAGUGCCAUGGUGGUACUCGAACUGUGGGACUCCUGCAGGAGGCACCUGUAGGUCUACAAGGGUCUGCAGCCCUGGGAACAUUUCAUGGCACCUUAGCCUGUGUCUUGGGCUCCACCUUGGAACUGCUGGACAUGAGCAGUGGGCGGCUGUUGGAAAGGAAGGUACUAAGUACAGACAGAGUACACCUCCUGGAGCCUCCAGCCCCUGGCGUGAAGAAUGAGGAAGACCUAGAGACCCGAGGAGCUCUCCGUUUGCUUUCAGCCUUGGGUCUCUUUUGUGUGUGUUGGGAAGCUCCCCAAGGCCUUGAGGUGCCCUCGGACAAGGAUCUGGUGUUUGAGGAGGCCUGUGGGUACUACCAGCGUCGGAGUCUUCGAGGCACCCAGCUUACCCCGGAAGAGCUGAGACACAACAGCAUGUUUCGGGCACCUCAGGCCUUGGCCUCCAUUCUCCAGGGCCACCUGCCCCCAUCUGCACUAUUGACCACCCUGAGGGCUGAACUUCGAGAUUAUCGGAGUAUAGAACAGCUCAAGGCCCAGCUGGUGGCUGGGGAUGAUGAAGAGACGGGCUGGACGGAGUUAGCAGAGCACGAGGUGGCACGCCUGCUGAGAACCCACUUGACAGGAGACCAGCUGGCCCAAUUCAACACCAUUUUCCAAGCCCUUCCUACAGCAGCUUGGAGUGCCACCCUCCAAGCCCUACAACUGCAGCCGGAUAGGAGUGGCAGGCUGAGGUCCCAAGCGCCCCCGGAUGUAUGGAAGAAAGUCCUGAGGGCUCCAACGGCUGGAAAGGAACAUCCCAAUGGAAUCCUGCCUCCCUUUGAACUCCUGUGUCAGUGCCUAGGCCAGCUAGAGCCUCAGUGGCUUCCCCCGUUUGUGGAACUGGCACAGCAACAGGGUGGUCCAGGCUGGGGCGCCGAAGGUCCCAGUCUGCCCCUUUAUCGCCGAGCCCUGUCCGUGCUGGGUGAGGAAGGGAAGAGACCUGAGGCUCUAGAACUCGAGCUGCUUCUGGGCAGCGGGCGACCCAAAGCCGUGCUACAAGCUGUGAGGCAGCUAAUAAAGAAAGAACAGUGGGAACGGGCUCUGGAGGCCGGCCUGACCCUGGACUCCUCCAGCCCCCUGCUUCGAAGCGAGAUCUUCAACCUGCUGCUGGCAGAGUUUGCCCAGCACCGCCGCCUUGAUACACACCUCCCUCUCCUCUGUCGCCUGUGCCCACCAGAAGUGGCUCCAGAUGAGCUCCUGCUUCUACUGAGGACACAUCUCCCAGACGAUGCGGGAGCCACCCCUUUCCCUGAGCCUGGGGCUGAGCCUGGGGCUGAGCCCCCUCUCACAGUGGGCUUGGUCAGAGCCCUGCUAGAACAGACUGGGGCUCAGGGAAGGUCCUCUGGCCCAGUUCAAAGCACCUUUGAGGACAUCCUAUGGGAUUCAGGCACUCCACCCCCUACCCCACCUCGCGGACCUAUGACUACUCUCCAGGCAUCAGACCACCCAGGGCAGGAAGCCUGGGGACCAUCUGGACAGGGGCUUGGUGCAGCUGACGUGGGAGUUCAUUCGUAGAGCACGGAGAUGCGAAGAGUACCCGGGGUUGGAGAGUACGAAGGUGGAACUUGUGUGUGCAAUACUGUCUGUUGUGGGACAAAUUUUAAAAUACAUGCAAAUAGCAAAUAUA